UGUUCCCGGUUUUAAUAUUAUUAUUCUUGAAACAAAAGCACUUUCUCGUAUUAUCUCGAUCUAUUAAAAUAACAUCACACCUAAGUUAAAUGGGCGAUAACAGGUUACUUAUAAAAAUCAAUAAACCAAUAAAAUUGAUAUUGUUUAGGCCAUGUGACCGUACUACUGGCGUUCUAAGGUUUCUGUACCAUAUCUAUCUUCACUUCAAGGAAAAACAUAUGAUUUAUCUUGGUUAGAGGAAAGUAAUGAUUUUUCCAGCUAUAACCGAUAUUCAGGCGGGCGAACCUGUCAACAACAGUUAGUGAAAGAUAAAUACAAAUAGUACACGUGGCCACUUGUUGAAGUUAAGAUGACAAUCCCAAUCACUCGUCAAAGGUGUUAUCAAACAUAUAGUAACUGUCCUGCUAUCGGUUUAGGUAUUUAACAACAAUUCAAGGUUUCCAUCAUUAUCUCUUGGUGUGGUAUAUUUAUCAUUCGCAAACGGACUUAGCCCUAUAGAUUUUAGAAUCUAAGAAUGCUACUGGCAACUGGCUGCCCAUCUCUAAAUCAUUGCAGUAAAAAUGUAGUGCGUGUAAUUUAAACCUGUUAAUGAAGUGAAUCCUCCUUUCGUCGCCUUCUUGUAGUCUAAUUGUCAUCAAACAUUAAAUAACCCAAGUGUCACGAUUGACAGACAAAUACUUUGAUACAAUUAUAUUGUCGUUAUUUGUGUUCAAAUAUAAAUCAUGGAAGCGAUAUCAGCUGAAAAAACAUAAUAUUUGUAACAAAAUGCGGCUUCGACAGCAAAAUUAAUGUCAAGAUUGAGAUGAAACCAUAUCGCCGGAACAACAAAAUUUUUAUGGUUGAACAGCUACGCACGGCGACAAGGCUGGGGCGCGUGCGCGUGCUGGCCCGAGAGUUCGCGGGCGACGUGCGCUCCCUGUGGCGGUACGGAGCGCCCUUCCCCACCUUCCUCAAACUCAUCGGCACGCUCAUCCUCUGUCUGCUCGUCGUGCUGCCCCUCAUAUACCCCGUGUUCAUCCUGAUCAUCACCUACUUUACAUAUGAAAGUCUUUUCUUGAGCUGGUGGGUGGACGAGCCGUGGCGGUUCUUUCCGACGACGAUAGCGCGGCGCGCUCUCUCCGCCGCGUUCAGGCCGGCGAGCCCUCCAGACGUGUGGAAGGUGCGAGAGGUCCUCACCCGCGGCAUCCUGCUCGCGCACUCCCUCGCCACCUCCGUCGACUACCUGUGCGUCAUGCAGGGAUUACUCGAUGAAGCCUAGAAAUAUAGGAAACUACCUAUCAAAUAUAAUCAAAUAGGUAGACCAAGACACUAGGCCAAUUUGAAGAAUUUUCUCCUCAUUUGUGACAUCUGAUAUUAUACAAUUGUCAUUUACUGGAAAA